GAAUGCCACAUUUGCAAAGACGAUGUCCCGGCUUCAGUAUCUCUUCGACCGUGUGGUCAUAUGAUUUGCUUUGGCUGCGUUGAAAACCUGCGCGCGAAGAACAUCUUCAGGGCGGACAAAGGUGUCAAGUGCCCUUUCUGCCGGCAAUACGUCACUCAGUAUGAACCCUGCAACAGGUUUAUGCUGGAGCGUAACCAGCCCUUCUUGCAGCGCUGCUACUCGGAGGCGGGACUGGGGUUCUCACAGGGGCGCAUCGUGACAGACGGGGACACCCCUCAGCGCGUCCUGAACGCCUUCAAGCAGCGUGGCGAGGAGCGGCUGAUGCGGCUGGUCAAGGUCUUGGCUAGGCCGGAAGUGUUUCUAGAGGUUGCUACCCACUUCUUGGGCAGCUACGGACUGCAGACUCUGGUGGAGGCCACCUUGGUCAUCCGGCAAGCCAUGGAGCGGGCAGCGGCGCAGGGUCAGGCUGCCCUGACCUGGUUCCGUUCUGCUCACGAGGGCCGCGACCCGCAUGGCGUGCUGCUGUACGCCGCUUUGCCGAAUGCGGUAGAUAUAUCCAGACACGAGCAGGCCACCUACCUGGUUCAGAAGCUAGCAGAUCACGCAGAGCCGCAGGAGCUGGUAGACCUGUGCGGGGCGAUCUUCCCGCAGGGCCCUGAUCUUGUGCUCGACCACAAGGGUGUCUACGUCAUGAACAAGCUCCUGUCCAUGCUCAAGACGGUCUGCUGUGGCGGUGUUCACCGGUUCGACGCAUGCGAGCUCGCUGACGGGCUGUGCUGGCACUUCAUGGAGGCACCAGACAAGCUCAAGUUCUGCCUCCAUAACACGCUGGCUAGCAAGCCGCCAUAUGGUACAUUGCCCUCCACCCCGUACGGCGCUCUGCGUCUGGGCUCCCAAGUGGCCUCCAGUGCGAUGCGGCUCAUGUCCAGCAAGAACGGGCCGGCGUGCGUCUUGUCAAUGCUGGAGAUGGAGUCCGUUGACGCUAUGUGCAACGAGCUGGUCCGGGACCUGAUUUGCUCUAUCGCCAUGAAGCUCCAGGGCUCCCUGUACGGACUGCUGAUGCGGACUACGUGUGUGGAUGACCGGGCGCCCCAGGUGGUGCGCAAGCUGAUACAGCGCCUGGCGGCCGAACACGAGGAGGACUGGCUGGACGCAUUUUGCCAGGAGCUGAUUAACUACGGUGAUGUCAUCAGCGAGAGCCCCGAAGCUCUCGAAGUGCUCCAGGAUGCGUUGUGCUUCAACGUGCAAGGGGACGAAUCCGUAGUGGAGCACAUCACGCAGCUAAGACAGAUCGUGCCAUCCCAAGCAACAAUGCGGGCCAUAGAGGAGGACAUUUGCAACCGCCGGGAUUCGAACCCGGACCCACCGCCGCCGCGCUACCACGCACCAUCCUUCAUCACGCCGAUUUUGAAAUACGCGUUGGCGAUGAGCGAGAUGCCGCUCGAGCCGCCGCCGCCGCCACCCAAGGCGGGCAGGACGGCCGGUGGCUCCGGCAACGGCGGCGCGUAUGCCGGUUACGGGAGUGCUGGGAUUCGCAACGGCGGGCACGGCAGCCGGACUGGCGCAACGCAGGGCAACAAUGUUAAUGCGGCAUUUGACGAGUCAUUCUUUGCCGAAGGGUUAUUUGAUCCGGCAGCGCCCGUGCAAGCCACCACCGCUGACGGCGGCCUGGACGGCUGGGGUACUUCGUCAGGUGAUCCGUGGGCAAAUACUUCGACGGGUGAAGAUUGGCUGGCAGGCGCUGGCGGGAGCGCUCAAGAUAUUCGAGCAGCACCCCCGCCAGCUGCGGCCGCACCAACGCCAGCCACUGCGGCAGUAGCGCCGGCGGCGCCAUCGCAAGUAGCCGCAGCCGUAGCUCCAACAGCCAGUGCUGCGCCGCAGUCCACGGGACAGAUGCUACUGCAGUCACUGCAACGUCCGGUCCCCACGGCACAAGCUGCCAAUGGCGUUUUCGCUGCCCCCUCUACCGCCACCACCUCAGUCGCGGCGCAGCAGGCUACGACACAGCUACGGCCUAUUGCAUCGGUGCCAAGCGCCGCCGUGGCUCCCGUGGCCGCAGGUAUCGCACGGCCUGUUGCGCAUCCAGCUGUUCCGCCGAGUUCUGCCGUCAACCCCACUCUGGCAGCUGCUCGUGCGGUGGCGCAUGCGGCAAUGCAGGCACAACAGAAGGCGCAGCAACAGGCAGCGCAACAAGGACAGCACCCAGCCCACCAGCAGCAGCAGCAGCAGCCAGCCGCUCCGGCUGCACAGCCGCCGCCGCCACACCACGUGCAGUACCACCACCCGCAAUUCCACCAGCCGCCGCCGCAGGCUGAGGUUCCAAUAGAGCUUCAACCGGCAGUUGCAGAACAAGGGCAGCCCCAUCAGAUCCCAGAGGAGCAGCGACGACAACUGCAGCAGCACGGGAUGACGAACCCGCCAAUCGGGGGUACGGGAGCGUUCCUGGCCCACAGCGCCCUGAACGGCGUCGGCAUGGCGACAGCAGCAUCGGCUGUGUAUGCUACGGCCGUGCCCUACAUGCCAGUGCCGACGACGGUAGCGGCAGCCCAAGCGGCUCAGCGUCCACGGAUGCCGGCCAUCCCCUACCCUAUGGCUUUGCUCAACCCGGCGCUGGCUGUGUUAAACAACACAGCCGGUAUUGCGGCGUUCGCGCCGCGGGCCAACAACGCCCUGGUGUUGCGGCCCACUGCUGUGCCUGUGGUGCAGGUUCCGGUGACGGCGCAGGUGCCACAAGCACCGUCGGCUGGGGUAAUAGCCGCAGCGCCGGCUACACCGUACAGUGCAGGUGCCGCAUCCGCUGCCACGGCUGCCACAGCCGCCGCGGGGCGGCAGACAGUGACGACAGCACCCGCGGCACUGCACGUGUCGCAUCCUCACCCGCCUCCGUCAGAUGCGGCGGCAUCGCGGCCGCAGAUUCUGGCGCCGGCGCCGCUCGCGGCGGGGCGCGGCACUGCGUCUACAACCGCGGACGUUUUGGCCAGCUGGCAGUGCCAAAUCUGCACUUAUAAUCACAAGGGCGCAGAAGCACACUUCCUUGCAUGUGCAAUCUGCGGCUGCGAGCGGGGCCUGCAGCAGCUGCCUCCUUAG